CGCGAAGAAGAAUGCCUAAAGGAAGCUUUCGUUUUUCUUUCCACCCCCUUCUGUUCUCGAGGAUUUAGAGUUGUUUAGGAUAAACUACAACUAGUUGAGGUGACUGGUCAAAAAACCAAAAACAAUCUACGAUACACGUUGAAUUCGCAAGAGAUCGCACUACAGCUACACACUAAACAGAAAGGUGACGGAAAGUUGCUACCCGCGUUUGAGGCUCUUCUGAAGUGACAUCUAUCGACGAGUUUUUAGAAAUACUGGGUGAUUUCUGCUGUUUGACCUGGUUGCUGUAAAUGGGGAGAGAUCAAUUUUAAAACAUCAGGAUUGCGAUGGCAAUAUCUGAAAUGCAAGCAAGCACCUGAAACAAGGCAGGCCAUACAUAACGAGGUUUUCAUCCUUGUAUUAUGCUCAAAUGUCACAUUUUCCAACGGAGUUGGAGAAUUGAUGAUUGUUUUGACAAUCAAAAAGACUUUUGAGGAUAGAUUUUUAAUCCUUUUGGGAAUUUUCUGUUUUAUUGAAGUUGGUGGAGUUGCCAUUUUAGAAAUGCUGUGACCAGUUGUGGCUAUUUAUUAAAAGCAUAUAGAAACCUAGCCAUGUUUUAUAGCAACUAAAGUGAAAUUAGAUUUUUAACAGACAUUAUUUGCAGGAAAAUAAUUCCAGUAGGCAAAGUUAUCAUGUUUUGAUAGAUUUUUUUUAAACAUCUCACAUAAUAUAUCAUGUUCUCUGUUUCCUAAACGAUCGAUUUUAUACCUCAAAGAGGCUACAUUUGGCUUUGUCAUGAUGGCUUACUCAACGGACCCUAUGCAAGAGUUAAGUGCAGGAGAUGCCUUCAUCUGCACAGAGUGUGGUGAAGGGUUUAGUCAGUACCCAAAACUAGUCGAACACAUGGCCAUUCAUGGACUUACUGACAUCUUUUCCUCUGAUGGUUUAAGCAUUAGUAAUGGUAGUUGUAUCAACGCAUCCAUUGAGGUUGCUCUCCAUGAAAACGGAAUGCUCACUGUGGUUGAUCGAUCUGUGUUGUCUAACUUUACUUUCUUGUUUGGGAAACCUACACCCAAGUCAUUAUGGUGCCAACCCCCUAUUCAAGCCCCUUUGACUUCAUCUAAGAUACCAGAGAAGGAGUACACUCAGUUUAAGUGUGAAAGAUGUGGACAAGUGUUCAAAACCCCAAAGAGCUUACUGCUGCAUCAGCAGUACCGUGCCCUUGAGCAGGGGUUCAAAUGCACUCUGUGCUGCAAGGUGUUUGAUGACCGGGAGAGUCUGCAGAGCCACCUUCAAAACCAUGCUCAUGAGCGCUUUUAUAGUUGUGGACACUGUGGAAAGCGAUUCUUAAGACAAGAGACCUUACUGUUACACCAGAAACAGUGGCAUGGAUCUGUUGGUUCCAAGACUUCAAGUAGAUCCAUGGAAAACCAAGAGAAUAACAUGGGCAAGUCUUACCCUUGCAAAGUUUGCGGCUUGCGCUUCUUUUGGUUGUCUGACUUGCAAAGCCACCUAAACAGUCAUUCUCGUGUCAACAAGCCAUCCAGUGAUGUAACACAAAAACAGGAAACACUUGGGGAAGAAGAAAGUAUGAAAAAUGGUAAUUCAGUUAAUGAGCCAUGUCGUUGUGGCCUGUGUGGGGAACAUUUCAGCCAAAUUGCAGAUUUAAGAGAGCAUCAUAAAAAAGCGCAUCCAGAUGAGGUUGAAUUAAAGGACUCUUUAGGUUUAUCGACUAAGAUGAAACUGCAGGAGCAUGGUGUAAUGCGACAAAAGCAGCGAGUUGAUCCACUAAGGCCAAGCAUAAAAGGAAGACCUAGAGGAGUGAACAGAGCCAGUUUUGGUGGCAAACUAUUCUCCUGCAAACUCUGCCAUCGUGUGUUUGUACACUCAAGCAGUCUCUCUCGCCAUAUGCGUUACCAUAAGGGUACUCUGCAUGCUUGCAAUUAUUGUGGAAGACACUUUCCACAAAGAUGUGAUGUCACAAGGCACAUGGCCAUGUACCACAGUUCAGCACUUCAAUCCAGGGCACCUGGGGAGUCAAAGACACAACAUGGGGAUAAAAACAGUGAAUGGAAACCUGCGGAAGUAUUGACACAAACAAAAAGUGACAGUCAACAAGAAGAACUUGAAGAAGAAAAUCAGCCCAAGCCAGAUGACCUGUUACUUGGUUCUCCUUAUAAGGGAACCUACAAACCAAGAAUGAAGUACAAAUGCAAAGAAUGUUGUAGAGUCUUUGGGCUGCUUAGUGUUUAUCGGCGACACAUGUAUUACCACAAGCGAAGUCCCUGCAAGGUUUUGCUCAGUUGCCCUCUCUGUCCAAGCCGCUUCACAUUCCUUUCUGCUUUAGAUCGCCAUCUUGUAUAUCAUCAUAAAGGAGACUCUGAGAAUGAUGGCGCAAAUCCUCCUGAGACUAAUGUACUUGAUUCCGAAAAUCAACAAGGAGAUGCUGAAAACCCUGAUACAAAUGCUGGUAAUAAUGGCAUGCCGUCGGAAAUACUGAAUGAAUCCACUGAAUGUUCUCAGACCUAGAGAUCCACAAAAUGGCCAAAAGUGUAUGGACACUCUUAUCUAAUGAACAAGUUUGGCUAGUCCAGCAAUUAUAAAUGCUCAACUAUAAAACCGAGUAUUAUGUGCUUCAUUAAGUGAGGACUCUUUUUCAAUUCCAGGAGGCCAAUGACCCUUUGCACAAAGUGAUGCCCUACAGUUUCAGGUUUUGGAGAAUGUAAAUGACAUGCACAGAUCCAAUACCAAGCACCUUUGGGAUGGAUUGGGAACACAGACUAUAUUAGUUAUUGCAGUUUUUGCCUAACCUUCUUGAUUCUCGUGUCUGGAGUAAGUCCCUGCAACAGUUUCCCAUCACAGAAUAGUGGAGUCUGGUUAUAGCAGCAAAACAAAUUACAUUCUUUUGAAAGUAAAUGGUUGACGAGCAUCAUUUCCCCCAAAGGCAUUUAGGAGCAAACUGGCUCUGUCCUUUUGGAAAAGAAAAGGGCCCUCCUGACAUAGUUGCAACAAAGUUGGAAGCACAGAAUACUCAAGUAAAUCAUUGAAGAGUUUGGUUUUAAGAUUACAAUUCUGACCAGAAUGCCUGGAGAAAUAGCCUUUCUAAUAACUUGAGAAUUAGAAGAGAGUGUCCACAAUGAAGAUAUAAUGUAUAUCAGAAUUUUCAGAAUGCUUGUAGUUAGAGUUAUUAACAUACGUUUUUUUUUUUUUUUUUUUUUUUAUUGUUGUACUUCUGUAGCAUUUGGCUCCUCGGGUGUACCAAAUACUGUUUCCCAUGUGUCUCAUGUAUGCUGCGUUUGUUGUAUAUAAAGGUGUUUCCCCCAAAAUUCUCAUUUGCAUUUUCCAAUUUUUUGAAUUGGCAGUUCAAAUUCUUAUUCAAAGUAGGUGUUGACAGUAUGGAUUCACAAACCAAAGGGACCUAUAUAGGAACCAUUAUGAUGACCAGAUUGUUUGAAAUUUUACUCAUGAACUGAUGAAUUUGGAGCAAAGCAGAAGUUAUUAAUCCUGGACUUAUUCAUGUCAUUUGAACUGUCUUUGCUAAAACUUGGUUCAAGAACACACUUCUGCUGCAGUUAUGGAAGUAUGUAUUUUAGCUGUAUGUUUUUUAUAAUUUAACCCCCACCCCCAAGUCAAAGUCUACACAGACUAAGCACAGGCUUUUUUGUACAAAUUGUAUUUUUUAUUUUAUAUAAGUGGUGGUGCGAAACACAUUUUGACUGUUCUUAAAUAUCGGUUACAUAGUCUGUGCACGUCUGGUUUCACUUGUUUAUAAAUAAAGACAAUUCUGUUUUCCACUUUGA